GUCUCAAGAAGCACAGAAAAGUUAACUAAUACUCCUAUAAGUUAACUUGAUUUCUUUUAAGGUAUUGUAAAAAAUCUAUAGAGGGAGAUGGAAAUGGAGAAGAGACUCAAUGAACCUGCUUUUACAUUGAACUUGAAGACAUUGAAAGUGGAGAAUCCCUUCGAGUUAGGGGGGCAUGUCGUAAGAAAGACAAUCAUACUUCCAAGAAAAAGAGUUCAGAGAAAUUACAAAGAGAUGAUUGGAUAGAAAGGAAGAGGAAUACACUAAUGAUUGUGGCUUCGCUAAUUGCAACCAUGGCUUUUCAAGCUGGUCUCAACCCUGCUAGUGGUGUUUGGCAAGAUGAUUUACCAGGUAUUAAUGUAUCACCUCAACAUACAGUAAGCUCUUCAGUGACGACAGAUAAUUAUCCAGCAGGUCAUGAAGCAAAACAUACAGCAGGUUCAUCAGUGAUGGCAGAUAAAUACCCAAUUGGUUAUCAACGAUAUCUAAUCGCAAACACAAUUGGGUUUAUGGCAUCAAUGAGCGUCAUAUUACUGUUGAUCAGUGGCUUACCUUUAAGGAAGAAAGGAUUAAUGUGGAUAUUGAUGUUUAUCAUGUGGAUCGCCAUUUCUGCAACCGCAUACACUUAUGGUAUGUCUAUCUCUGUCUUUACACCAGAAAGCCAAGAGGAACAACUCGCCAAUGUGUUAGCAAUCUCAGUUUUCAUAUGGAUAGGACUCAUGGCCCUCCUCUUCCUUAUCCAUACAAUACGCUUGAUGGCCAAGGCUGUUAGAAAGCUGAGAUAAUCUGCCGUCAACAAAAGUUAAAGAUUUCCAGCAUAUAUAUAUAUAUAUAUACUAGUGUACUAGCUACUGUUUAGUUGGAGGGGAGCCUCAGAAGAAACAAUAAAGAGAGGUCGAGCCGUGAAAAUAGCCACAAAUGUUUGCAUUAAGUAGGGUAGACUAUCUAUAUCACAUCUCUUGGGGUGCGACUCAUUCCCGAGCCAUGCGUGAACGCGAGAUGCAUUGUGCACCCACGAGCUGCCCUUUACUAGUUACUGUUUAGUUAACAACUAGCAAAACUCUUUAUCUCAUGGUUGUAUUAGUAGUCUUACAAUCUAGUACUUUAAUUUAAAAUAUUUUAAGUUUCAGACCUUCUUGAAAACUAAUACUUCAUUUAAGUUAUAAUACACGAAUACAGCUUGAAGAUUUUUUAUAUCAUUACGGUAAACACAUAAUCAUCAUGUCAUACUAUAUUAUAAGUGUGAACCUCCAAAGUCAAAAGUGAAUUACUAAAAUAUCCUACAAAAAUUGAAAGAUCAUUGUAUCCUUUCCUUGAAUGCUACUUUUAUGUUAUCUUUCAAUUCCUAUAUAAAACUAUACUACUUUACAGCUUUUCAAUUCCUAAUUAGAAUUAUUUAUCUUCUCUCUUUCACUGGUCACCAUCUCCUACGUACAGAAAUCUACAAAUGUCAAAUAAGGUAUAUCUUUUUCUUUCAUGUUACUUUUUAUAAGUUUUUUGCUAAUGCCAUACCUUUCUCUUCUUUCGUUCCUUCCAACUAUUUCUUUGUAUAGGGUAGUUGGAUUAUGUUUUGAAAUUCUAAUGUAGUUGUCAAAUCCGAACAAUAUUUAUGAUACUAAAAACUAGAAGGUGGACAAAAUUUUUAGGACCGAAUUAGCUAGGAUAGAAUAUUAAUUAAUUCUUA